CAAACGCCUUCACUUUAUUAUCACAAAUAGAGGAAAAUGUUCAAUAAUUUACCAAUAAGUCUACUACGAGUUUUGAUAAUAUGGUGUUUAAUUGCGGGAAAUGAAGGCAAUCAAACUUAUGAUGAGGAACCAGAUCCAGAGAUUUCCAUCAAUGAUGCCAAAUAUCAACCAUCUUUGCGUUUAGUUUCAUUGGAAAAGACCAACGGCUAUGGACAUGGACACAUUUGCGCAGGAACGAUUAUCUCACAGAGAGUGAUUCUAACUGCGGCCCACUGUGUGAUCAAUGUCAACCAUACUUCUCCUAGUGAUCGAAAACCAGAAGAGUUCGUAGUUGUAGUGGGCUCAGCCAAUUUGUAUGACAAAGCUAAUACUCUGCAAUACAAAGUACAGAAUGUUACCAAACACAAAUCGUUCGAUUGGGAAACCUAUUACAAUGAUAUUGCCUUGUUAUACCUAAAUGAUUCAAUUCCAUGGACUUGGCCUACGGCCGAAGCUGUCAGUCUUAAUAGCGAACUGGUAGCAGAACAAACAAUGUGCAAUGUGACUGGUUGGUUCAGAGAUGAGGUUGCUGAUACCGUUCCCUUCAUGUCCUAUGAAACCUGCUUACGCCGUCAUGAAAAUGUUACCCUAAGUGUGAUAUGCGGAGAUUACGUGGUUCCACCUGGUGAAGAGGAAGGAUCUUGUCAAGGAGAUGCUGGUGGUUCCAUGGUUUGCAAUGGCAAACUAGCUGGUGUUGUUUUUAGGGGAAUAUUGGGAACAUUUUUUAAUGCUCUUGGAUUGACACUAUUUCCUAUUACCAUCAGUUUAUAUCUGUGUGUCCCAGCUGCAUUACCACAAAGCAAAGCUGUUAUUCUCUCCUUGUAUGAUUGUACCCAUCGAUAA